UGCGCACGUCACGACCGGAGGGUGACUUUGAUCGAGAGCUGAUUAGACCGAUCGGCGAUUAAUUCGCGGAAUUGCCCAAAGCGAAACUUGCGACUAUCUCGAAGCGCGGCGUAAACUCGUAAUUUAUUUUUGUACGCCUCGUAGCGCGCUUAUUUACGGCGCAACGACGUCGCGUGUCGCCCCGCAACCCCACAGUGGCACAAUAUAUUGGCGCGAUGUUGAGAAAUAAUGCGAAUCUAAUAUCCCAACCAUUGGUGCGCGGCAUUGUACGGCCUCCUCUUAUUUAGCCAUUUUCCAAAAAGACUCCCGAGGGAAAGUGAGCGGCUCGGACGAUUCGGAAUUUGAAUACGCAAAUUUAGCCGAAAGCCGUUCGGACGAGAACGAUGAGAGCGCUACUGAAUUGAACGGAUGAAGAACAUUGAAAUGUAAAUAGCUAAAGUCCGACGUCGAUCGAAGACCGUGCGUCGAGGGAUUAAAUUCGUAUCCCAUCGGCAAAGCCUGCCUGCUAUAAUCUAACAGCAGAUCGUCGGCAUACUGUCGGCAAAACUUUGGUCACGUCCCAACUGCUGGUACUGAAAAAUCCAUGGUUCGAACUGUAGACUUUCAAUAUACUAAUAGCGAUGACUUCGUAGACUCCUUCAAAACGUUAUCGACAGAUUUGAGUGUUGAUACAUAACGUAUAACGUAAAACAAGAUAACGUCGUAAGAGAACAUGGAAGGUUGCCGUUACGAAGAGUCCCAAAACACGUCACGCGUUCCAUUACGAGUUACAACACAGAGGAAACGAACACGUUUGCAAGUUGGUUGAUCUGUGACGCAUGCGUCAAUAGAUCUUUCGGUACCGCGCGAAAACCCCUACCUCACGUAAACCAAGUUCCGGUUUACAUGGGUGGGAGAUUCGAUGGUGUCCCGCCCGGGGUGUCCGUGAACCGCAGCAAUUUCAACCACUUGCUUAGCGGGAGUUGUCGCGUACGGACGCGCGUCGUUUUCUCCGAUCUAAGUCUUCCAUUUUAAUUCGGCGAAUUGUACGAGCAGCCGGCCGACACGAUGUGGGGGAUGAUAUUGAAGACGAACGUGCUGUACACACAGUACGUGCCAAAGGGCUUUCACUUGUCUUCAGCGAGUUUGGACAUCCUGAAUAGCGAUGACGGACCGAUACAAGUAAUGGCGAGUUUUGACAGUAUGCUGACAUAUCGUCUGAUUUGCACUUUAGACAAGAAAAGCGUGUGGCAAGUACCGCUCAAUAUAAAUAUCCGCCAAAAAACUGCUCUGACAUUUACCUGUAAAGGCGCAGGCAUUGUACACCUAUUGGGAUAUUAUUUAGAUGAUUCACCAACCGAAGUAGACUGGGAAGAUCUCUUAACUGCGCAAUUGAUACAGGUUGUGGCACCGAUACGGAGUAAGACAGGAGUAUCGCUAGAAGAAAAAAAUUAUGCAGAAUAUGCAAUAAGAUCUCUUCAGGCAAUGGAAAUAACAUCGUGGGAAAACGGUCAGUGGUUUGUACGCGAUUCCAAGCCACCAGACGCGUCAGUCGUAGAAAAGGACCUCGAACAGAGACAACCGAGGUUGAAAGUUCAUUCAAAAGUUGUGAAACAGAUAUCAAAGGUAAUAAAGAGUCGCGAAAAUAUACAAAAAGCAGGAGCACUUCGUAAUAGUGAGGCUGAGAGCAAUGUCACUAACAAUACACGUACAUCGUGCAAUAAUAGUCAGAACGGAGGUCAAAGUAAUAGCUCGACGAUGCAGGAAAUAAGAUCUCGAGGACAAGAGCAGGAAGAAAUACCAGAAAAGAAGAGACGUAAAAUGAACAAGAAGAAAAGUAAUGAGACACAGAAAGAUCAAAGUUGUAACAGUGAUGACGAGAAAGUCAGUCUGUGUAAAUGUCUGAAAAUAUUAGAUUUAGAAGACGGCACCGGAGAAGUCGCGUUACCGGGCAAAGUUGCCGUAAUUUAUUAUAAGGCUUGGGUCGUGUGUGGGAACGAUUGGACCGAGAAGUUAAGAAAAGUCGAUAAGUGCAAAACAGGAGAAGGCAUCAAAUUCAAAAUCGGUGAAAGGCAUCUGCUCCCCGGUGUGGAGGAAGGAAUAAUUAAUAUGAGAGUUGGUGGAAAGCGUUUUCUUGGAGUACCAUCGAGUAUGGGAUAUGGAGCUCGUGGCUGUCCACCCGACAUUCCUCCUUUUGCCAAUCUGGUAUAUGAGAUUGAACUUUUGAGUAUCGAAUAAAUAUUAACUCAGGUAUUUCAUAAAUAACUCAGGUAUUUUGGCAACAACUCAGGCAAUUCUUAUUAUGAAUAAUUCAAGGAUCUUUUGUAACAUUCGUCAAAACUACUGGCUCAUUAAGCUCAUCAAAACUGCUAAGCUAAGAAUUUUUUUACUUUAUGUUGUAAUGUUUACGCAGAGAGAGAGAGAAAUGUCUUAGAAAAGCGAACAAAACAAAAGUUUAUGUUGCAAUAUUAAUGUAUCUACGCUUAUUUUCUUUAUUUAAAAAAAUGUAUCAAGGUUUUGUAAUAUAUGUACGAUUUGCUUAUCUGUCAUAUCUA